UGUAAACAAAAAGUAAGGAACGAUUUUGUGCCUACGUUUUGUAAUUUUUUUCUGUUUUGUAGCAUACUAAUCAUGGUUUUUUUCAUUGUGAGCGGAGAUGCUCUACAAGGAAUAUCAGUCUUGGUUGUUGAUAAGUACCUUAUCGUCGUUAUCGUCGUCCUCCUGAACUUCAUGUACCGCUGCGAUCUGAUGAGUAGGAGCAGGAGCGCCCUUGCAAAUAACGCUGGUCAAAAACAGUUUGCACUGGUCCGGUUCAUGGUACUGGCUGCCGCAUCUCCAACACUUAGCACCACCCUGAAUGGCGCUAGAAUUAUUCGAGCCGUUUCGAAUUUGAUGACGAGGUUGUGGUCUCCAUGGCCUUUGAUUCCACGAAUGUUGGUUCCAACCUUGCUGGCCCCAAGGCUGCUGAUUCCAUGGCUGUUGGAAGCGGUGUUGUUGAUUCCAAGGAAUUUGGAAUCGAUUUUGAAAAUUCCAAGGUUGGCGAUUCCAUUGUUGCAUAUGCUGUUGUCUAGGCCCCCCGUAAUUCAAUGGCAAUCUCGCAAAUCGCUCAAAUCUUGGAUAUCCAGGCAAACAACGCGAGCGACUGGGGCCACGUACGAGAGCAAAGAUCUGGUGUGGUGCACGCUGAUUGGUCCACUUGUACCGGGUCGGGUCGAGUACCGCUCUCUCAGAUUCCGGUCGAUUCCGUCCUGUCCGGGGGAGACCGUCGAGGAUUUAAUUCAGCGUCUGCCCGUGGGACGGCACCAGUAUCACUUGAACAACAGUAAAGAAAAGAUUAUCAUUAGUGAAAAAUCGGUAUCAAGCGAAAGUAAUAGCUAA